CUCCAACCAAAACUCAGCAAUGAAGCUUUUCCCCCAGCACGCCUCCAUCACCUCGAGGACUUGCCCCUGCCUGCGCCGCCACUGAUUACGUCGUUGAGCGCUGUCGAACCCGACCAAGUGAAACCAACCGGACCCGGCAGCACUCGCAGACCAGCUCCCCUUUCGACAGAACCUCCUCCUCCUCCGCAGCCCCAUGGAUGUAAAGGCGUCAAGUUCAGAGAAGUCUCAGCUGAUCCACGACAAGAACCGCAAGACCUACUGCGACCGCGUGCACAGUUCUUUCUCAGGAUCAAGCGAGCGCAUUCCCGACUUCCCGUUCAAGAAUGGCGGCGUGGCGGGCAGCGUGGACCUCAACCGGCCGGCCAGCGCUCACUGCCAUCACCGUGCGGCGCCGGCAACGAGCAGCGAGGACUCCGGCGGCAAAGACACCGUACUGGCUAAGAAGAAACUCUACGUCGCGUCUGCAGUAUGCCUGGUCUUCAUGAUUGGUGAAAUCGUUGGAGGUUACCUGGCCCACAGUUUGGCCAUCAUGACUGACGCGGCCCACCUCCUGACCGACUUGGGCAGCAUGCUGGUGAGCAUCUUCUCCCUUUGGAUCUCCUCCAGACCCCCCACCAAGAACAUGACCUUUGGAUGGUACCGCUCAGAGAUACUCGGUGCCUUUUUCUCCGUCACGUCCAUCUGGAUGGUGACGGGCGUCCUGGUCUACUUGGCCAUAGAGAGGAUCGUACGCAACGACUACGAGAUCGAGGGACACGUGAUGCUGCUCACGUCCGCCUUUGCGGUCGUUGUCAACAUCCUCAUGGCGUACAUCCUGCACCACUCCACCACCUUCCACGCCCACGGCCGUGGCUACCAGCACAUUGAGGACGAUGCCCAAAGCCCCCCGGCCCCACACGGCCACGCCCUGGGAGGCUCCCACGGCAGCACCAGCAUACGAGCGGCAUUCAUCCAUGUCGUCGGGGACCUGCUGCAAAGCAUUGGCGUCCUGGUGGCCGCCAUUGUUAUCUACUUCCGGCCCGAGUACAAAGUAGCCGAUCCCAUCUGCACUUUCCUGUUCUCCAUCUUUGUCCUGUGCACUACCGUCACCAUCCUCAAAGACGUCUUCAGGAUACUCAUGGAAGGUUCUCCCAAAGGGAUAGAGUUCAAGUCGGUGAAGGAGGUUCUGCUGUCGGUGAAGGCGGUCCACUCGGCUCACUCGCUGCACCUCUGGGCGCUCACGCUGGGACACACGAUGGCCUCCGUACACCUGGCUGUUGACGAGGCCGCAGACACACAGUUGGUCCUUCAGGAGGCCACGGAGCUUCUCCACACCAAGUUUGGCUUCCACAGCGUCACCAUCCAGGUGGAACGUUACCACAGCGACAUGCAAACCUGCAAACACUGCCAGGACCCCUGGGACUGA